UCGGCGAUUUAAAAAGCGGCAGAGGCGGAGGCGCUGGCUGGGAUCGGCUGCCUGUCCGCGAAACCCGAGGAGCGCCGCGGCUGCAAGGGAGAGCCCGCGGCGGCGGCGCUGGCGCUGGAGAAGGAGCCAUGCCGGCCGCUGCGCCCUCUGGUUCAGGUAUGGCGCGCGGGAAGAGCCCGCCCGGUGGUCCGCUUGCAGGCGAGAUCUCUUUUGCACCGGGCGGUUUCAGAAUGUGAAGCACAAGAAAGGUUCUGGAAUAUUCCUCUUCCUAUUCUGAGCCCAGACUAUGUAUUGGUUUGACUAGCACAACAGCGGUGGCUCAGUACUGGCUUAAAAAUGGCCACCAAGCACUUGCCAUUGAGCCUCAGAAGAAGACACAGGACUAUGAUAUCUUACUUUGGCUCAUCUUGAGGAGAAUGUUAUUGGCAGGGCACAGUUUUCUGAUGCUGAGGUGCAAGAGCAGUAUGGCUCAGAAAGCGUGGAUCAGCAUGCUGUUUCAGAACCGUAAAGCCCAACUACUGCUGGUCAACUCACUGACUUUUGGCCUGGAAGUCUGUCUAGCUGCAGGCGUCACCUAUGUGCCACCACUCCUGUUGGAAGUUGGAGUGGAGGAGAAGUUCAUGACCAUGGUUCUGGGAAUUGGGCCUGUUCUAGGUCUACUAUUUGUGUCUCUCAUUGGCUCUGCCAGCGACCACUGGCGCAGUAGCUAUGGGCGGCGACGGCCUUUCAUCUGGGUCCUGUGUCUGGGAGUUUUGCUGAGCCUUCUGAUCAUCCCUCAUGCUCAUCACCUGGCUAGCCUUCUUACUUUGAACACCCGCUCUCUGGAGAUAGCCUUUCUUAUCAUGGGCAUUGGCCUGCUUGACUUCUGUGGUCAAGUCUGCUUCACCCCCCUGGAGGCUCUUCUCUCCGAUCUCUUCCAUGAUCCAGACAGCUGUCGGCAGGCCUUCUCCAUGUAUUCCUUCAUGAUCAGCCUCGGUGGCUGCAUUGGAUACCUACUGCCAGCAAUCAACUGGGACAGUAGCUUCCUAGCUCCUUACUUGGGCGGACAAGAAGAAUGCCUCUUCAGCCUCCUCACCAUCAUCUUUCUCAGCUGUGUUGUGGCUACUGCCUUUGUGACCGAGGAGGUGGUAACCCAGGCUGAAGUUCUGUCAAGCCCUGCUAUGAAGGAUUCCUCCAUGCCCCUUCCCCUUAGCUGCUGCUCUUGCUGGGCUCCAAAGAGCUUUCUGAGGGUUCGACAUUUGGUCCAGUCAUUUAAGAAUCUUUGUGCCUUGGUUCCACGCCUGCAUGGACUGUGCUGCCAUAUCCCCAAGGUGAUCCAGCAGCUUUUUGUGGCUGAGCUGUGCAGCUGGAUGGCCCUCAUGACAUUCAUGCUGUUUUACACGGACUUUGUUGGGGAAGGGCUGUACCAGGGAGUUCCCAGAGCUGAGCCAGGCACAGAAGCCAGACGAAACUACGAUGAAGGUAUUCGGAUGGGUAGCUUGGGCCUCUUUCUCCAGUGUGUCAUCUCUAUCUUCUUCUCAACAAUCAUGGAUCGGAUGGUGAAACAGUUUGGGACACGAAUGGUCUACCUCGCCAGUGUGGCCUUUUUCCCACUGACUGCCUUCAUCAUGUGCUUCUCACAGAAUGUUGUUAUUGUCACUGUUUCUGCCGCUCUAACAGGCUUCCCCUUCUCAGUGCUGCAGAUUUUGCCUUACACACUGGCAUCGCUUUAUCAUCAUGAAAAACAGAUCUUUUUGCCUAGGUACAAGAGUAAAGAAGAAGAUACAGGUCAACUGGACAAGAAGGCCAGCUUCCUCAAAAGUCACCUUUCUGGCCAAAAACUGACAUACCAGAAUGGACAUGGUGGAAGCCUCUUCUCUCCUCCUAUGGCUGGCUCUGCUCUUUGCGUCAGCUCACCUUGCGAGGUCUCACUCAGGAUGAUGGUGGGAGAAUCAGAAGCUGUAACUGCAAGUCGAGGCAUCUGUUCAGACCUUGCCAUCUUAGACAGUGCCUUCCUCCUCUCUCAGGUCAUCCCAUCCCUCCUUCUGGGUUCGAUUGUUCAGUUCACACAGUCAGUCACUGCUUAUAUGGCAUCUGCUGCCGGCUUUGGACUAGUGGCUAUUUAUUUUGCAACCAAAGUUGUCUUUGACAAGAGUGAUAUGGCCAAGUAUUCAGUAUAGGAAGGGUGGGGAGAAAGAGACUAUGAAAAAAUUGUGCACAUUGUAAUGGAUAAUGUAGAACAGUCAACUAGGCACAUAUUGCCUUCCUUCUCUCAUCCCGGCUGUGUUGCAAUAAGACACAUGCAAAAGUUUUGAAGGAAAGGAGAAUGUGGGCUGAUCUCAGGGUAUCAAGUGAAAGGGAGCCUGGUACAGUGUUAUCUGUUUCUCCUGGAUGCAUUCAUCAAAGUGCUUCUGUUCAAAAGCCUGCCAAAGGGGCUUGCAGGUUUGCAAACAAAAAAGGCCACCUUUUCAGUAGUGACACUCUGCAAAAGCCACAAGGGAUGGAUUGGAAUAGUUAGCCUCCCUCCUUAUUGGCAUGUCCUUCUUAUUGUUAGUCUAUUUUCAUUUUGGGUCUAAGCUGUACCCUAUGUAUCAUUCUUUUUCCUGUCUUCAUAUGAACUAGGAAAACACAGGGGAAUGAGGCUGAGUUGGCACACUUGCCCUUUUUGAAGGGAUAAAGGAAUGCCCCACAUACCCGUUAUCCGUUCCAAGAUGUAGUGCAAGCGAAGAUCAUGGAGGUAUGAAUAAACUGGGUAGAGCUGUGCAGGAGGAGGCUUGUUUAGCAGAGGAUGCUGUGGUUGAGCUGGCAAGAAUUAUGUAGUGGCAUGAUGGAAAUGAAAAGCCUGGUCCUGAUCUGAUACUCUUUCCCCCAUAGAUGCUGGAAACAGAGCUUGCAGUGAGCUCAAACAGAAAGGCUUAUGUAAAUACAAGCUGUAGUACAUGCCCCUCUGUAGACUUGGCUUUAAGUGACUAACUGGCACAAACAAAUGACAGAGCCUUCCACUGUAAGGCACUGAAAAGAAUCCUUAGUGUACCAGCAGGGUACAAAUACUUGCAUGCCUUCUUUCCUGCCAGAGGAGCAAUGUGGCCAGUUUGUCUGUGCUAAAGGGAUUGAUGGAAAAAAACAACCCUUGUAUUUCUGUAUGCAACAAGGGCAGGCUCCAAGUUGUGUUUUCCAACAUGUCAUCCAGCAUUUCUGCCACCCAGAGAGACCAGAGUUGCUCCCCUUGCCAGGCAAAUGUUGCAGUGUACUGUGCUUUUGAAAAUCUUUUUGUUACAAAGCAGUUUUUAAUGAGCCAUAUUAUAGCUAGCAGCUAUUCAUUCAGCUUCAGUUCAGAGCAGCUGUUUCUAUGGUGCAGUACAGACAUUGUAUAUCCAAUACCAAUUUUUUAAAAAUCAGGGAGCUUAAAAUUAGAAAACUGGAAGACUACCAGGAAACUGAAUUCAGUCCAUUUUCCCUAGGGCAAGAAUUCUUCAUUUGACUCCACAAAUUAUAUUGUUCUCUAGUUGUAAUGAUAAAUUCCUUCAUGCUUUGAGUCUUCAAGUCAUUAUCUAUGUGACUCCUUAGAGCUGAAGGGGGGAGGGUGAAGACUAUUCAAUCCAGCCCCUUUGUGGCAUAAAAUAUACAGUGUUCUGCAAUCCUGACCGAUUAUCUUGGUGCUGAAUAGACAGUAGUGAAUUAAAGGCAAACAGCAUAACAGCCAAACCAAGGGGAUCAUACCAUACAGAAAAUACCCUUAUUCAGAAGGAAGUAUAGAAGCAGAAAUAACAUGCAUGAGGAAAAGUCCCAAGGUACGUUUUAAGAUCACCAGUCAAUUGGAGCUUAAGAAAACUUUUUUUGGAGACCACAUAGGAAGAUCACUAAAGCCUGCAAAAGGAGAAAUGUUCCACUACUUAUUUUUUUUGAUUUCUGACAACAGGUUUUUAACACUUCCACAAUCCACAGCCUCUGGUUGUGUUUAUCAUUAAAGUUUCAGAGGGAGAAGUAACCCAGUUUCUGAUAUGGAAGAGUAGUCUUCAUUCCUAGAAGCUACAAGAAAGCAUUGGAUUAAAGUAUUUUACUAGACCAUUCUAGUAUAUGGAUAAUCCACGGUAAUUUGUCUAGGAGUGUGAAGGAAGUGAUAGCAUUGAAAUGAAUUCUUAUGUACAUUUUUCAAAAGCUUGCGUGCUGCAGUCUCUUGGAAUGGCAUGGGAUUCUACAUUCCUGUUCAGUGACGUAGGUAUAGAUUUGUUAGGGGGGUUUGGGGGGCCAUGCCUCUCCAAGCCCUGCUCCCAGCCUCAGUGCUUUUAAAAGCUCUAUGAGGCCAAGGAUGACAGACUCCUUGCCCUGCCCACUCACCCUACCUCAAUGGUUGGGCUCCCAGCCAGCAGCCGGCAGUCCCUUCUGCCCUCCCCCCCGGGCAGGGAAAAUGGAGCUAAGGAAAACGGAGCCAGGUGCAAAAUCUGAGUUUUGCCUGCCCCACUCCCCAAU